AACCCAAACUGGAACGUACACACGAAUUUGGUAGGAGCGGGGGUUUGUAGGCUGUUUUAUCAAGGGAAAAGAUAAACGUUCAGAAGAGGGAAGGAAUUGACCGUUAGGAAUUGACCGAAUCGAACAGUUGAAUUCAUUGUUUUAUUGAUCAAGUGGACCGAAGGUUCACGUUGGAAAGCGGGGCUUCUCCUUUAUAAACGGAUGGAGCGGCCGCAGUUAGCAGACAAUACAUAUGAUUUAGUUGAGAUAAGUUUUUCAGAGGAGUGUCAUCCCGCGUCCCAGAGAUCAUGGCGGCCGGAACGCACUCCCCUGGGGGACCCAAUGGGAUCAUCCGGAGCCAAUCCUUUGCCGGCUUCAGCACACUGCAGGAGAGACGCUCGCGGUGUAACUCGUUCAUGGGGAACUCCGCAGUGCAGAAGAAACCCACGUCCAAGCCCAAGAAGCCCCAUCUGUCAGGGCACAAGGCCAGCAGCGGCUCCAGGGAGCCCCAGCCUGAGAGGGUGGAGGAGGUGUAUGGGGCCCUUAAACAAGGCUUGGAUGAGUAUCUGGAGGUGCACCAGACAGGGCUGGACAAACUCACCUCUCUGAUGAAGGACAUGAAGAGGAACUCCAGACUGGGAGUCCUGUAUGACCUUGACAAGCAAAUCAAAACCAUCGAGAGAUACAUGAGGCGGUUGGAGUUUCACAUGAGCAAGGUGGAUGAGCUGUAUGAGGCAUUCUGUAUCCAGCGCAGGCUGAGGGAGGGAGCCAGUAAGAUGAAGCAGGCCUUCUCUGCAUCUCCCUCCACCAAGGCCACCAGAGAGAGCAUGUCAGAGGUCAACCGCAGAUACAAGGAGUACACAGAGAAUAUGAGCACCUUAGACGGCGAGCUGGAGAACAUGCUGGGGGAGUUCCAUAUCAAAAUGAAAGGUCUUGCUGGUUUUGCUCGUCUCUGUCCAGGAGACCAGUAUGAGAUCUUCAUGCGGUAUGGGCGUCAGCGCUGGAAGCUGAAGGGGAAGAUAGAGGUGAACUCCAGACAGAGUUGGGACGGAGAGGAGAUGGUCUUCACGCCCCUCAUCACAGACCUCAUCAACAUCAAGGUGACAGAGCUGAAGGGCCUGGCCACUCACAUCCUGGUGGGCAGUGUGAUCUGUGAGACCAAGGAUCUGUUCACGGCCAUGCCUCAGGUGGUGGCUGUAGACGUUAAUGACCUGGGAACCAUCAAACUCAACCUGGAGGUCACAUGGUUUCCAUUCGAUGUGGAAGACCUGACCCUGUCUUCAGGGAACGUGAGCAAGGCCACCGCCCUGCAGAGACGAGUGUCUAUCUACAGCCAGGGCACGCCAGAGACACCCACCUUCCAGGACCAGUCCUUCUUUAAGUGGCACCCCUCCCCGACCCAGCAUCGCCUGUCCCCGACCCAGCAUCGCCUGUCCCCGACCCAGCAUCGCCUGUCCCCGACCCAGCAUCGCCUGUCCCCGACCCAGCAUCGCCUGUCCCCGACCCAGCAUCGCCUGUCCUUCCUCCACGGUCUGAGGAACUCCCUGUUAGAGAAGCUGAGACGCAGUCGCUCCUUUGGCGACCUGGUCUCCCUCCAACCCAGGCCCAAGUCCAGCCUGGAGGGUUAUGUGACUGAGUCCACCCUCCCUGAUGACGUCUUUGAGAACGGUGGGUGUGGUAACACCGAGUGCAAGCGCCUCUCCUUCUCCGAUACUUCAGUCUCCUCCCCCAGCCUCGCCCCCGGCCAGUCCAACCCCGAAAUCACCGUCACGCCCCCUGAGACCUGCCCCCAGCCCCAAAUCCCCAACGUUGAAGUCACCGUCACGCCCCCUGAGACCUGCCCCCAGCCCCAAAUCCCCAACGUUGAAGUCACCGUUCGAAUACAUGCAGACGUAGUGGAAGAGGCAGAGGAAGGUGAGGAGGAAGAGGAGAGUAGCAGCGGCAGCGUGAGUACCAGCCUGGUCAGCGAGGAGGCGGAGUCAGAGUGGGAGAGGGCGGAGUCCCAGUGUAACGGAGGAUCCGUCUCUCUCUGCUCGGAGAGGCAGCUGUCUGCGGUCGCUCCCGGGGGUGUGUGUCCGGACCUCGCUGGGCCGGACAGGGAUGGUGAUGAAGAUGACAGCUCGGAGCUACUGAAGCCCGUAGAACUUGACACUGAAGAACCAGGCAGCUUGACCAGGCAACUGGUGAGGAGACUGACAUCGUCUGACAUUCUGCCCGAGGCGGGGGUUCUGAGCUGGGCUGGGGAGGGGAGCCGGGCCUUCCUGGAGAGCAACCUGGAAGAAACCCUGCAGAGUCUGCUACUGAGGCUAGAGUCACUGGGACAACGCUGUAGAGAGCUACAGGACCUGGAACAGGAAGUGAUGCGCCUGGAGGACCUACUCAAGUGCCGCCUCCCGGGCCACAGGAGCAGGUCGUCCAGCCUCACUCUGAUGGUUGAGAGCGCCCUGGAGAGCUUCGACUUCCUCAACACCUCCGACUUUGACGACGAUGACACGGGUGAUGACCACUCCCUCCAGUGCUCCGUGUUCUUUGACAUGGAGGCGGACAGUAUCGGACCUGGGGGCCCGCACCCAGAGGUCAGGGGUCACCUGAGUGAAGCCCUGACGGAGGACACCGGGGUGGGCAACAGUGUAGCCGGCAGCCCCCUGCCUCUCACUACCGGCAACGAGAACCUGGACGUGGCCAUCGUCAUUCACCUGCAGUACUGCGACCAUCUCAUCCAGCUCCUGUCCAGUGGGGGGAGCCCUUGGCAGCGUCGAGCCCAGCUCCAGAAGCUCUCAGCUCAGACUCAGCUGCUAGAGGAACUGGGAGAGAUCAGCACAGAACGCCUGGGGAGCAUCACCUCGGCUGCUGACGUGCUCCCAGGGCUGUCGGAGCGGCCUGCUCGGAUGGCUCUGUGGUCGGAGUGUAGUGGUUCUGGUGCACUGUUCCACGCUACGCUGGACCGGGUGCUCAAACACAUGCACCACUGCUACACUCGCCCACUGCAGAAGAGACACCCACACACCGCAGCUGACACAGUGAUCCGGCUGGUGGUGAGUGAGAUGGUGGACAGGAGUGAUCUGGCCUCCUCCCCUACCUGCCACCCCCCUUCGGCCCUGUCCCAGGACGUGGUCCCCCCUUCGGCCCUGUCCCAGGAUGUGGUCCCCCCUUCGGCCCUGUCCCAGGAUGUGGUCCCCCCUUCGGCCCGGUCCCAGGAUGUGGUACCCCCUUCGGCCCGGUCCCAGGACGUGGUCCCCCCUUCGGCCCGGUCCCAGGACAUGGUCACAGUGUUUCAGUUCCACAGCUACGUCUCAGAGCACAGCGUGGAGGACAUGGAGGAACACCUAUUGCAGGUGGCCAGAGAAUCUGUGUUUGCGGAGGGCCUGAGUGGUGGCGACCCGGAGCGUUGUCUAAAGGAACUGGAUGAGGUCUCACACACCGGUCUGUGUCCCCGGCAGCAGACCCUCAGGGCGCUGGCUUCCCUCCUCUCCCACCAAGACCCCCAGCUCAGCGAGGCUGCAGCUGCCUACAUCACCUCUGCUUCCUCACACACACCCUUCAGGUCAAAGGCGGUGGAUUGCUACACACAGGCCUUGUGGGAGGCUGGAGUUCAAACCCAAAGGUCUGCCUGUGCUGCUCUUAGCUGUCUACAGGCAGUAGAGAGCCUCCGGGCGGUGGUGUCACUGUGCGACUCGGCAGACGAGGAGCUUCGCCACGUUGCCAUAGAAACCCUGCUCACUUUCGGUGAAGAGGGCCGCCUGGCGUAUGAGCAGCUGGACACGAUGCCCCGAGAGAUGGUACGACUGGGGACGCGGCGAGGGAACGCCGUCACCACCGCCUUCUGAAAGCACAGGACUAACUAAAUGAACCUAGGAGCCUCACACCCCCCUAGAACAACCCCCCCCUCCCUCCCCCCCCCCCCCCCCCCCCCCGCCCGCGCCUGUGCUUUGAGCCAUGCAGACUAGACAUGCAUUUGAAUGGACACAGCUAGGGGAGUGGCCGCAUCAACGCAGAGGAGCCCCGUCUCAUCCUUAUCAACAGACUGGUGUUAAAUCCUAACUGUCCAUUCUCUGACCACCACUAUUAAACCAUCUCUCACUGCACAGACAGAGCAUCUCUACCAUCACAACUUAUGAUGAUUAUCCCGGCUGUGUUUGAUAUAUGAUGUCCUUAUAUAACUGCUAUUCAUUUGUUUUAGGAGGUGACGUUCAUUAAACAAAAGGUUAUUUGCGCUUUUCGAAUUGCACUAUGUCAGACAUGUAAAUAUAAUAGCAUUAUACUCUGAACUGGAUUUAUUUGGUCUUAUGUACUGUUGAGAUUCAGGGAUUUUACAGACCGUUUGAACACUUUCUGUCAGAGGGUGCCAUGGAAGAUCAUUUAGGGGACAAAUGACAGUCAAAUCGCUCGGAAGGAGGUAGUUAAAAGCAACGCUCGCAGGUCCUCAUCAACAUGCAUAAAGAAGGAAGUCUUUCCCUAGAUAGUAGUUACCAGUAAGCAAUGUUCUCACUCCAACAUGCACAACAUGAAGAGAGAGUCAUACUUGGACUGCCUUUCAAACAAAGUUCUCUACUCACACAUGCCUGGGAUCUACAUUCAGAGAUUGAAUGUCUGCUUGCUGGGAACUGAUGAGAUUUGAUCAUGAUUUAUUUCAUUGGAAGCAGGUACGACUGGAGGAGUGAGCGUGAGUCAGGGAUAGUUAGUAUGAAAGGAGAAUGCACUUUCUCCAUAACUAUACAGUGCAGAACCAAGGGCCUGUCUAAGUGGAUGAUGAUUUGAAUCGGCAAGGACUGAGGCUAUAAGCGCUCUGCCUAGCUUUUUAUGCCAGUUGUAUCUAUACUACUGAGUCCGGGGCUUCUUCAGCAUGACAACAAAGUGUUUUUCUCGACUUAAUUUAUUUACAUCACAUUUGUGAUUGUAAUAUUUAAUUUACUUUUGAGUAAGAGGGCAGAAAGCAGAUACUAUUUCACAUGUAAAAGUUGUAUAUUUGGUGGUUUUUUUUGCUCAUGUUUGAUUUUUUAAAAGUUUCAUUUAAAAAAGGACUCAUUAACAUGGGAAUGAUCUUGCUUACAUAAAAUGUUACUGGAAAUAUAUAUUUUUCCACUCUUUUAAAUGUAUUUGUACAUUAAGUAAGAUGGAUGGCUGGUAUUAUUUGGAGGAUUUACGAACAUAAUCAGAGAGCGUUUCCCCCGCUACUUUAUUACGCAAGGAAAGCCUGAAAAUGAACAUUUAUUCUGAAGAUAUCUUUAACCUGGCCACUACACCCAGGCUCACCUACAAAGAACAACCAUAAACAACCAUCAGAAUUAUCAUCUUAAUCCUGUGACAAGAGAUCGGCUUCUAAGCGCACUGUCCUAAAGCCAUAACGAUAUGAAAAGGUGUGUUUUAGGUGGUAAUAUGUGAAAUAAUAUUUGUUCUUUUGUAUAUUAAAGCUGUAAAAUGUGUGAAAGUUGUUACUAAAACUGAAGAUGGCUUUGAGUUUGGCCUGGCGUAUGUUGAUCAUGGUCUUUAUUUUGAGUAACAAUGCCUCUUUCUCCCAUGACGUGAAUAGCAUUACAGUAUUUUGGUAUGAUACUCGUUACUUCAACAACUCCUCUAAUUAAUGGGUUUUUUCCUCCAUGAUGCAGCGGCCUCCAUCUUUCUUUGUGCUAAAACCCGUGAUGAAUUAAUGUUGCCUCUAUUCAACUCCCAAGUCAGACUGAACAUGUAGACAGAAUAAUGAAACGUUAUGACAUUGAUCAUAUUUCAUGUAAAUACACAGUAAGGGCAUGUUACAUUGCUCCAGUACUGACUGUAUUCAUUUCCCCUGUUCAAUGAAAGUGGCAAUAAAGUUUAUUUUUGCAUAAU